AUGCCUUACCCAGAAGAAGCCCAGGGUUUCAUGAUCGAUAGCCCCGAUACAUGGCUAUCGUUCCAGAAGCGUCAUUACAAAUUGAAACCUUUCGAAGACCAUGACGUUGACGUCAAGGUCGAGGCAUGCGGCAUCUGUGGUAGCGAUGUUCACACCAUUAGUGGUGGUUGGGGAGCCAACCAAAACUGGCCCCUGUGUGUCGGACACGAAAUCGUUGGCACGGUAGUCAAAGUCGGACCCAAGGUCACAAACAUCAAGGUAGGCGAGAGAGUCGGUGUUGGCGCCCAAGUCUUCUCCUGCGGCGACUGCAAGCAAUGCAAGAACGACGACGAGACCUACUGCCCCAACAUUAUUAUGGACACAUAUGGCUCCAAAUGGCCCGAGACUGGAAUUAUCAGCCAAGGCGGUUACUCAUCCCAUGUGCGUGCUCACGAACAUUGGGUAUUUGCCAUUCCUGAAAAACUCAAGACAAACUCUACUGCACCUAUGCUCUGUGCUGGUAUCACUGUUUUCUCUCCUCUCGUGCGUAACGGUGCCGGACCCGGUAAGAAGGUAGGCAUCGUUGGCAUGGGAGGCAUAGGUCACUUUGGUAUCAUGUUUUCAAAGGCACUUGGUGCUGAGACUUGGGCUGUUUCUCGUACCAGGGCCAAGGAGGCUGAUGCCCGCAAAAUCGGUGCGGACGGAUUCAUCGCUACCUGCGAAGAGGGCUGGGAGAAGGAGCACCGGUUCUCUUUUGACCUCAUUGUCAACUGUGCCAAUUCAUCCGAGAACUUUGAUCUUGCGAAGUACCUUUCCGUGAUGGACGUUCACGGCAGAUGGGUCAGUGUUGGCCUCCCCGAGGAAGAAGGACAAGUCAUCAAGGCUCAGAACUUGAUCUCGAAUGGUGUUUUGAUCGGUGCUAGCCAUCUCGGUAGUCGCAAGGAGAUGAUCCAGAUGUUGAACUUGGCUGCUGACAAGGGACUGGACGGCUGGGUUGAGACUAUUGAUAUCAACGAAGAGAACCUCAAAGAAGCUAUGCUGCGUAUGAAGAAGGCCGAUAUCCGUUAUCGCUUCACAUUGACUGGAUAUGACAAGGCUUUCCCAGAGGCUUAG